GCGUGGUGUCAGUUGGUGUUGAACCGUGAGUGAAAGAGAACAUUGUCGUUGUGUGCGAAACCGCUGGAAUAUCUUUUACUUGACUUUCUCAAUUUUGUGUGACUCAGGGAAUGUAUAAUGUUAACGGUUCUUCAGACAAAGAAUUGUAUUUGAUAAGGUGCUGCAGGAUUUGAAUUAGGGGGCCCUGCACAUCAUGGUCCCAAUUGCGAUCCUACCUGAGCCCUCAGUUCAUCCGUUCGGGGCCCCUGCCAUCCCCCAGGAGCCGGCCGUGUCAUGAGGAUGUCUUGCGGAGGGUGGACAGGGGGGUCAUCCAACCCUGGUGCACUCCCCCGACGAACUUCCUUAGCCUACCGACGAUACCUUCGGUAUCUGCCCGGAUAUAACAGCUCGAGGGACAAGAGUGACCACGAGACCCCCAUACCUGAUGAUCCAGAAGAAAGUCCUGUUGGGGCGGGAGGAGAAUGUUGCCAGGGGCUGCAGGAUGACGACCCCGGUGCUAUUGACUUCUUAGCUGCCAUAACUGACGAAGGCGACGCCUCUAGGAAGAGCCCGGAGGAUCGUUCCCGCCGGAGGGAAAAGGAGAUUUUGAGGGAGAGAGGCCUCAGCCGAUGGUUGAAGGAUCAAGAGGAAAGUCGACCAUCGACAGAGACCCUACUGAAGUGCGAAGAAGACACCGCAGAGGAGGAUCAGGGCCGGAAGGACGAUGUAGAUACAAAGCCGGAUAUCGUGAGCGUCCGUUCUCGCGUGCGUCAAUACACUGCCAUGCUCAGCGCUCUCAACUCGGCAUCCAGUGCCUCUCCCAAUGCCCUUCAGACGUCUCGUUCGUGUUCAAGUCUCCUCGGCAAGACGACCAAGUUGUCCCGCUUUUGCGGUCCUCCUCGAAGCGUCGAAUGUUUGAAGGACGGUCGUCAGGGCUCGAUAGAAUCUGGGGAUGGGGACAGUUCCGAUAGCCUCCUUGGCCCGAGGAACCGGUCCUUCUCCUUGCCGUGGCCCAGUGAGGCGAACUGGCGAUGGUCCAGUGAUCCUAAUAUUAUGAGCGACCCGGCCCCGCCUUCGUCAGCCGCUGGUGAAGCCCAGGAUACCGUUCGGGACAUUAACCAACACAGUAAUUCUCUAGCCCGUCUCGACUCUGGCACCAGUGACGAAGGAUGUCCCAGGGAUGGUUCGACGGGACCUACUCCUCCUCUGUCUCCCGUCUUUAGGGGACUGGGACCCAACCAUCUCUCCGGCCUCAUUACACCUUUCAAGUCGCUCUCUCCCGCCUCUUCCAUGGGGUCACAUCUGGGCUCCAUCGAGGACAUACCCCUGGCUCGCUCCAUGUCCUUCGGCCACGUCCUAGACCACUUGAGGCGCUCCCGGUCCGCAGACAGCGCCGUCGAAGUAGAGGAUGAGAGCCACAUGGUGUCCCAGGCGCUCUCGUCGUCGGCUGCUGCUCAACAGCAUCAGAAUAGUGUCAACGGCAACCAGGAGGGUUCCGACAAGAGUGGUGUUAACGACGGUGAUCACGACGAUGAUGACGACGACGACGAUGUGGGUGUUUGCACCGUCAUUCGCGUCGGCGGUCAUGGUAGUGGUUUUGGUAGUAGUUUGUGCAAAGUUUGUGUCGAAGGGCAAGCCCAAGUUUCCAAGUCGUACAAUAACGACCAGUGUCGAAUGCUUGAUAGUAGUGAAGUCGAAGUCGCUUUGCCUAACGGUAACAUCUCUUGCGAAGAAAGCGACGCGAGUCACGUCUUCUGCGAGUGCGUUUCAGGUGAAAAGUCCGAAGGCCAUAAUGAAGGGCGUCCUCAUCCCGUCGAAGAAAAGGUCGAACUUCGACGUAAGGGGACCAGACCGAGUUACGCUGAGCGCCGGGAACGAAGACUGGGUGAGGUCGACGGUGACAAAUUAUUGCGAAGGGCGCGGGGUUGCGGGGGCCUCCUCCAGGACGCAUCAGACGAUCCGUGUCGAAAAGUCCUGAGGACCCCUUCGGUGGUUAUCAGCGACCACAGCGGCGACACUGUGAGCCUGACGGUGGCUCUGGCGUCGAGUGAUUUCUCCAUCGAAAAACUGGAGGACAAGUUCCAGCCUCCGCGCUCCCUGUCGCCUUCGUCGUCACCUUCGUUAUGCGUCAGCGAUGACGCCUCUCGGAAGGUGUCGAGCUGUUCCUCGUGCUCGAGCGUCAGCACUGUCGAUAUGUCCACGCCCCUAACUCCCAUGCUGGCGCCUGGGCUAGAUUGCUCCAACCGUCGAAUAUCGGAUUGCUCGACUGCCAGCAAUGUUACGAUUUCGGAAGACGAGAUCGACCAUAUUCUUCCCCGCCCACCUCCUCCGAAAAAGCAAUCAAAUUGGCGAAAACUCCGAAAUAUAGUCCAGUGGACCCCGUUUAUUCAAACUUAUAAGAAACAUAAAUACCCGUGGGUGCAACUAGCUGGUCACCAAGGAAACUUCAGGGCAGGUUAUAAGCAGGGAACUAUCCUGAAGAAGUUGUGUCCUCCUGAAGAGAAGGCCCUUGAGGCAAUCAUGAAGGAUGUGCUCCGCCCAUACGUGCCCCUCUACAUGGGUGUGGUGGAAGGAACUGACGGCGAAAAGUACUUGCAGUUGCAAGACUUGCUUAGUGACUUCGAGCUCCCCUGCGUCAUGGACAUCAAGAUGGGCGUGCGAACCUACCUCGAAGACGAGUUGGCCAAAGCGAGAGAGAAACCCAAGUUGAGAAAGGACAUGUUUGACAAGAUGGUGCAGAUCGACCCGAAGGCCCCCACAGAGCAAGAACACAGAGCCAAAGCGGUGACGAAACCCAGGUACAUGGUAUGGAGAGAGACCAUAUCUUCUACAGCAACCCAGGGCUUCAGAAUAGAAGGGGUGAGAAGAGGAGACGGAACCUCCAGCAAAGACUUUAAGACAACAAGGACCAGAGAGCAAGUGCUCUCAGCCCUCAACAGUUUUCUACAAGGCUAUCCACACGCUGCUAGUCGUUAUGUUCAGCAGUUGAAAUCGAUUAAAGUGACCCUGGAAGCAUCACCUUUCUUCAACUCUCACGAGCUUAUAGGCAGCUCUCUACUGUUUGUACACAACGACACGUCAGCUACUGUCCGUAUGAUUGACUUUGCCAAGACGAUCCCCUUGCCAGAGAAUGUGCACGUCACCCAUCGCAGCCCCUGGUCAGAAGGUACUCAUGAAGACGGCUAUCUCCUGGGUUUGGACAACCUGAUUGAUUUAUUUUCCAUCAUUGAGAAGAAGAUGGCGGCAAAUGAAUCCAAUAAAACUGGGUUGCAGAAUUCAGCACCACAGGAACAAACAAAUAGUAGUGGCAGCAGCAACAGCAAUGAUGCCUCGACUGCCAACAAAGGCUUCGACGGCAGUAGUAGUAACUGUAAUGCAACGACAACUACAAUAUCAGGUCCCCUUCCCACCGUCAAUAAUCACACGGCCGUGCCUGUAAAUGCAUCCUUAACCUAAGUCAGUUCUAAUGUAUAGCUUGUGAGAUAAAUGUACAAUGAAUCUUCAUACUGUAUCUAUUAAAUCUUUAGCUAUUUUACUAAACUACCUAGCACUUUUUAUUGAAUGAUCGUGUCAAGAUUUUAACACAUGUUUUAAAGAUAGAAAGUUUGCAGAGUGGUUUGAGUGUGUUUAAAGAGUAGAAAGAGAACAAGAUUUAGAAUGACGUGACUCGACUCUUCUUGGAUAGUGCCUUUGGUAGAGAUUUGUAGUUCUAAGCUACUGAUGAACAUGGAAAGUUAAUUUUAUGAAACUGCAGCUCUUGGAAAUACUGUAAUUUUUUAAGUGCAAAGAAUCUUGAAGUCAGGAUGAGGAUACAAGACACCAAGUGCUAUUCCUUUCUGGAAAACACAUCCUCUUCUUCACAAAAACUAUAUUUAAAUACAAAACGUGUAUAUUUUUCUGUAUAUAUUCUUUUACCUCCUAUUACCUAAGUCAUGUAAAUAAUCUAAUACAAGUUACAUGAACUGUUAAGAUAUAUUUACUAAUUUGUAAUUUCUUGUCAAAUAUAUCUUUUGAUAUUUAUCAUGUUAUAAUAUCAUUAAACAUUAAUUUAUUAUGA